AUGUUAGGUGACCCUAUUGUAAUAUUGCAGAUUCAUAAUGGGCAUAGGAGCCAAGCGCCGCACGCUUAUUAUAUCUUUAAGAUUAAUUUUGCUAAUGAAGCAAACAGGCUGGGAUUUUAUGAUAGAAUCCUUAUUGACUGCGAAGCUUCUCUCUAUUGGGCUCGUGCUACUUUUCAACAAAGGCAACAUUACUGCCGAUUAGCUAACGUUGUUCUAGGUCUUCAUUACCAGAGAAAUGCUUACAAUUCACGUAACAUUUCUAGGUCGUUUCAUGUGGUUUUACCCACUCGGUUGUUGAUGACCAAUAAUAAUCAUGCAACCCUUCCUAAUCCAACCCUUAAUGUAAUUCCAAUCCCCCCUACUCGCUCUCUCCCUCACGGACAACCCAUACAACAAAAUCAAAAUCCGCCCGGACGCAAUAAUAACAAUCAAAACAACCUCUCCUCGUCUACCAAUAACACUCUUGGUGACGAUAUCAACAACGGGUUCGCAUUUAUAGGUGAUAACGGAUUCGACAUGUGCUCCCUGGAUCCUUGGGCCAAUUGA